AUGGUAUCAAUGAUAUCCAUUCAAAGCGUAGGUUAUGGGACCAGCCCUGCGAAUUCCAAAUCCUUUAUAGAAGGCCUCCUCCACUCUCUUCUCCUUUCUUUCCUCGCUUUGCUUCUCCGAAAUGAGAUCUCCUCACUUUCAUACUCUUUCCUUCGAACAAGUUUUUCCGUAUUUCGCUCGACGCUGCCAGAGCUUCUCUCAUUCCGGUCGUUAAUGGGUCAUCUUCAAUCUCCCAAAAACGGACCACGACAGAGAGCUUCGCAUAGUGAGAGACACCAACCAGUGACGGGUUUCUUCAUCGAAGAGAUUUCCAGGAUUGUUUCUCAGACUCACAGCCAAUCCACUAAAAAGAAAACAUAA